AUGGUGAUCAUGUCGGAGUUCAGUGCGGCGGCUGUGGGCUCAGGCCAGAGCCAGCAGAAGCCCCUCCGAGUGGGCUUUUACGACAUCGAGCGAACUCUGGGCAAAGGCAAUUUCGCUGUAGUGAAGCUAGCCCGUCACCGAGUCACCAAAACCCAGGUUGCAAUAAAAAUCAUUGAUAAAACAAGAUUAGACCCAAGCAAUUUGGAGAAAAUAUAUCGAGAGGUUCAGAUCAUGAAGCUUUUGAACCAUCCUCAUAUCAUAAAACUUUAUCAGGUUAUGGAAACCAAGGACAUGCUUUACAUUGUCACUGAAUUUGCAAAAAAUGGAGAGAUGUUUGAUUAUUUGACCUCUAAUGGGCACCUGAGUGAGGAGGAAGCACGGAAGAAGUUCUGGCAGAUUCUGUCUGCUGUGGAGUACUGCCACAACCACCACAUUGUCCACCGGGACCUGAAGACUGAAAACUUGCUGCUGGACAGCAACAUGGACAUCAAGCUGGCAGAUUUUGGAUUCGGAAAUUUCUACAAGUCGGGAGAAGCCCUCUCCACAUGGUGUGGGAGCCCCCCAUAUGCUGCCCCAGAGGUCUUUGAAGGGAAGGAGUACGAAGGUCCCCAGCUUGACGUCUGGAGCCUUGGGGUUGUGCUAUACGUGCUGGUAUGUGGCUCACUGCCCUUUGAUGGACCCAACCUGCCCACCCUGCGUCAGCGGGUGCUGGAGGGCCGCUUCCGAAUUCCCUUCUUCAUGUCCCAAGACUGCGAGUCGCUGAUUCGCCGCAUGCUGGUAGUAGACCCUGCCAAGCGCAUCACCGUCGCCCAGAUCAAGCAGCACCGGUGGAUCCAGGCUGAGCCCACGCUGCUACAGUCCACCUCCCUGGCUUUCGUAGCCCAGGACUACAACUCCAACCUGGGGGACUACAACGAGCAGGUGCUGGGCAUCAUGCAGAUGUUGGGCAUUGACCGGCGGAGGACUGUGGAGUCACUGCAGAAUAGCAGCUACAACCACUUUGCUGCCAUCUAUUACCUCCUCCUCGAGCGUCUGAAGGAGUACCGGAGCUCCCAGCCACCAGCCCGCCCAGGGCCCAUCCGGCUGCCCAGACCCCAGAGCUCUGAGCUCAGCAGUUUUGAGGUGUCCCAGGAAGGCCUCACCAUUGACCCCCUCCGCUCACCCUUACUGUGCCCGCAGCCCCAGGUCCUGGUGCAGUCUGUCCUGCAGGCUGAGAUGGACUGUGACCUCAGCACCUCGCUCCAGCCCUUGUUCUUCCCCAUGGACGCCAACUGCGAUGCAAUGUUCCGGCACCGCUCCGUCUCUCCAAGCAGCCUGCUUGACACAGCCAUUAGCGAGGAAGCCAGGCAGGGCCAGGGCCUGGAGGAGGAGCUGAAGGUGCAGGAGACCUUGCCCAGUGGCACGGGCCGGCGACAUACACUGGCUGAGGUCACUGCCCACUUUUCCCCACACACCCCUCCAUGCAUCAUCAUUUCCUCCUCCUGUGCAGCGGCGGUGGGCUCAUCUGAAGGAACUAGCUCUGAUAGCUGUCUGACCUUCUCAGCAAGCGGCGGUCCCAUGGGGCUCAGCAGCCUGGCCGCCCAAGGUCUGGAGGGUACCUGCUCACCUAUGCGAGGUGCCACACCAUGCCUCGGGGCCCAGUCUGCCACACCAGUGUUGCAGGCACAGGGGGGCCUAGGCCCCACCGUCCCACUCCCUGUCAGCUUCCAGGAAGGACGAAGAGCCUCAGAUACCUCACUCACCCAGGGGCUGAAAGCUUUUCGACAGCAGCUGAGGAAGAACGCCAGGACCAAAGGGUUUCUGGGGCUGAACAAGAUCAAGGGCCUGGCUCGUCAGGUGUGCCAGUCCUCCUCUGCCAGCCGGCUCCCACGAGGUGGACUGAGCCCCUUCCCACUCCCCACACAGAGCACUGGCCCCUACAGCAGCGGGAACAAUGUUCGGGAGAGCCGGAACCUACUUGAAGAAGUGCUCCACCAACAGAGGCUGCUCCAGUUACAGCACCACCCGACCGCCCAGCCCAGCUGCCCACAGGCACCCCCGCUGCCCCAGGCUCCCUACGUCCUUGCCCCGGGUGACAGCACCAGUGUCUCUCCAAUCUCCAGCACUCUAUUGGUGUCAGGAUUCCAGAAGGAGCUGGUGCUGGGACCCAGCCCGCUUCUGCCAUCCCACCUGUUCCCAGCCACUGCCUCCCCCAUGGCCUCUACGGCACAGCUCCUGGACACCCACCUACACAUCAGCUCUGCUGCAGCACCUCUUGUCCCUGCUGCCACCCCGCAGCCCCGCUUCGCUGUGCUGCCCCCCGGUUUCGAGCCCUCAGGGCUGGCGCAGGGGGACUGUGAGAUGGACGACCUUACCACUGGCCAGCUGGGCACCUUUGUGCUGGUGCAGUGA